GAAGACGGAGACCCGUUAAAUUCUGAAGACGACGUGUCCGACGAUGACAGCUCGGAUCUUUUUGAUACAGAUAACGUUGUUGUUUGUCAGUUUGAUCGGGUAUGUGUGUCUAACAUUCAUCCCCAAGCCAUUAUCCUUCACCACUGCGGCUUGGCCACUAGAAAGGGAAGAGAUUAUUUCGCUGACCUCAAAGUGACAAAACGUAACAAAGCAACGGUUUUACUAACACUAACCCUACUCCAAACACCAACUCUAACCGUAAUCCUAACCUAACCCUACUCCAAAUUUGUUUCUAAUUAAAACCAAUCUUGAAGAAAAAAGUUUUGACGAAAUGUCAUUCUGAGGUCAGCGAAAUAGUUGAUUUCACUAGAAAGCCUGCCACUAAUCAUGAGUGAAAUCUGGAUAGGUCUCUUGUCUGUUUGUUUCAUGGUAAAUUAUUCAAAAUAGGAUAAACUGUUCUCGUGAUUCUACUAUAAGGAAAACGGGAUGGCCCAAUCAUGAUUCAUUAGUACUGAAAAGGAAGGCAGUUGAAUAUUUUUAGGUAAUGAAGUGUAUCUCAAAGUAAAUGAAAUUUAUAAUCUACUUUUCUUUUUACCACAGAUUACAAGAAGUAAAAACAAGUGGAAGUUUCAUCUCAAAGAUGGUAUCAUGAACUUGAAUACUAAAGAUUAUGUGUUCACCAAAGCAACUGGGGAAGCUGAAUGGUAG